AUGGGAAAUAAAUAAUAAUAAGGCAAAAAGAGAAAUAGCAAUUUGAGUUUGAAUAGUAUGGGUAGGUCAGUUUCAACAGCUCCCACUAAUGAGUCAGGUUUGAUUAGAUUUACAACUGACGGUAGCUUGAGUUCUUCGAUGUUCGGAGGAGUUGAGUUUUACUUCAAUCGCAUGCCCAACCCAGUCAUUGAUGGAAUAUGUAAAUUCCUGACCAUACAUGAUCUCACCAAUUUAUAUUGCACAAGUAGGUUUGUAUAUGAGAGAUUCUAUACGUCUCUGCCUUACUCAAUUGCAUGUGGGAAUCUAUUGUACAAAUAGUAUGAAGACAGAAGAGGCAUUGCAUAGAAGGCAGUACAAACCAAACAUGCGUCUUGGCCACAAGUGCUAGAAGUUUUCAUAGAGAAUAAGUAAUUUAUUCAUCAUUAUGAAAAUUGUAGAAAAUAAAUGUUAAAUCUGCAAAUAAAUUUCAGACAAGCUUUGCAGAAUGCCUAUCAAUUGCAUAUCAUUUACCCUCCGCUAUUAAUGGAUGAAGUGACAAAGGAAGGGUUGAACUCAGAUUUUUAGAGAUAGAUUAUGCAAAAAUUAUCAGAUAGUUAAGAAUGCCACACUAUUACUGAAAUCUAAAUCAUGAAUCAGACGAGAGCUUAUUUCAAAAAGUCAUCACUUUAAAAAUAGCAAUUGACCAAUUCAAUGUUGGAGAUUAGAACAAUCAAAUUAUUCUCGGUAGAUGAAAAGUAACAGUUUAUAAUAAUUAUUUUUAGAUUGCCUUAAUUAUUUAAUAUUUUAAUAAUUUUAUUUUCAUCAAUUAAAUCUCUAUUAUAAAUUGUGGCAUUGACUCUUGAGUGUGCAUUCAAUGGAACUGAUAAUAUUGGCCUCCUAGAUUUUUAUCUUUAUAAUUAUUAAAUGUAUCUUAUUUGGAUGCAACAACUUGAUGAAUUUGCUACCCCUUAUCUUAAAAUGUUCGACAUCAUGUUACUCGAACAAUUGCCUUCAUAUGAAUUUCCUCCAUUUACACUCUAAUGGAUUAUGAUGAAAAUGUGGAAUCAGUGCAUCUAUCAAAAAUGCAAACAUUUUUUAAGAUCUAUUUUCCUUUAAUGGCUUUAAUAGGUUAGACUCAAUCCCUCUCUCAAAUACGAAUCAUUCUUGCUAAAAGAUUACAUCUAAUCCUUGAUUGAUCUUUCAACAAAUCAAUCAAAUAUUAGAAUGGCUGGACAUUCAAAAUUUACAUACAUAAAAGACUUAGAAACUCUUUUCUAAGUUGUAAUAAGUCAAUCAGUUGAACUUUGGAAUUCCAAAAGUUUUGAUUUUAAAACAGAUAUAAGUGUGCUUGGAUAUAUCUUUAAAAAACAUAUUCUAGAAAACAACCUACUGCAUAACCUUUUAGAAUAAAAAUACGAAACUGUUAAAGCUUCCAUUGAAGCAAUCAAAUAAAGUUAAGAAUUCUAAAAAAGAACAUCAAAAAUUGAUGAUAAUAAUUAAAUUCUAUCAGAAUAAGCAGAUUACUCAUUUCAAUUAUUAAAUAUAAAUAAAGUAUUUUAAAAGAUCAAAUAGAUAAUCAAUGGUGAAAGUAUGAUGGAUGAAAACAUAAGAUUAACAAUUAAUUACUAAAAAAAUAUACUCGAUAAGGUAUAAAUGUAUAUUAGAGAUUAUCAUCCUGAUAUUUAUGAUGAGAUUUCUUAAUUAGCCAAUCUUGAUGUGACAUCAAGGGAAAGCGUUCAAAUUCGUGAUGCUGUAAUAAUACAUCGAACAAAGUCAGAAAAGUAUGAUCAUCAAUUAGUGUCAUAUGAUUCUGUAAUUGAUGCUGAAAUCUUGAAGUAGUUGAUACACUAACAACAAUUGUCUAACUAGUAAAGCACAUGCAAAAUUUAAAAAUAAAAGACUGAAUUACCAAAAUUACAAUUAAAAAAAAAAGAGUAAAAUGAAACAUUUUUUUCGAUCAACAUUGUAAAUGGAUUAAAUCUUGCUUAAAGUUUAACAGAACAAUUUAUAAGCCAAUAAUGA